CGAGCGUCCAGUUUGCGUUGACAAACACGGAAGUGGGACUGAAAUGUGAAAACACAUCUUUGUCGCAUUGCCUCACAAAGUGUUAUGACACAGUCGUUACCGAUUCUUUUUAAAACGUGCACAAUCUUAGUUUACGCGAUUUCUGCUGUUAUUUUGAAUGAACCGUAAUUAUUUAUAGUUCUGCUGUAGAGUAGAUUAGCACAAUGAAGAACUGUAUUGCUGCUGUGAUAACACUAUGCAUUGUAAUGCAGGUGAAUGACGCUUUGGAUUUCGAGAAAACGCGCACCGCAUAUUCUGCAAAGAUCUUUGGGUUCUCAUGGGAGAACUGCGGUAAGCCAGACGACCCAGCGGUUCUGAAGACCCUAACCCUGUCCCCGGACCCCAUCACAGUUCCAGGGGACCUAACGGCCAGUGCGUCCGGGAACACAACGGUCGAGCUGGCCGCUCCCCUCGCUGUGAAUGUGACCCUGGAGAAGGAGGUGGCAGGGUUCUGGGUCAUGGUCCCAUGUCUGGAAGAGAUAGGAAGCUGCCAUUACACAGACGGCUGUGACCUGCUCAACCAGCUGAUACCGCCAGGACAGGACUGUCCUGAACCUCUACACACCUACGGCAUCCCCUGCCACUGUCCCUUUAAAGCUGGGGUAUACACACUACCAGAGUCAGACUUCUACCUCCCUGACAUUGACCUGCCCUACUGGCUGACCAACGGAUUCUACAGAGUACAAGGAGUGCUGGGAGCUAUGGGCAAAGAACUGGGCUGCCUCAAAAUCACCUUCUCUGUCCACUCUAAUAACUAAAUGAUGGAUACAUGACCUUCUCUGUCCACUCUAAUAACUAAAUGAUGGAUAAAUGACCUUCUCUUUCCACUCUAAUAACUAAAUAAUGGAUAAAUGACCUUCUCUGCCCACUCUAAUGACUAAAUGAUGGAUAAAUGACCUUCUCUGCCCACUCUAGUUAAAUGAUGGAUAAAUGACCUUCUCUGCCCACUCUAGUUAAAUGGUGGAUAAAUGACCUUCUCUGCCCACUCUAGUUAAAUGGUGGAUAAAUGACCUUCUCUGCCCACUCUAGUUAAAUGGUGGAUAAAUGACCUUCUCUGCCCACUCUAGUUAAAUGGUGGAUAAAUGACCUUCUCUGCCCACUCUAGUUAAAUGGUGGAUAAAUGACCUUCUCUGCCCACUCUAGUUAAAUGGUGGAUAAAUGACCUUCUCUGCCCACUCUAGUUAAAUGGUGGAUAAAUGACCUUCUCU